AUGGAACAAGCAAGGAAUAGCAGCGGUAUAUACGAGACGCGUAUGGGACAGAGUACACACAGCUUUGGAUCCGGGGCGUCUUUGAGAGAGCAUGCUGCUGCUCCUGCUGGUCAUUUCACUUCAACUAGGGCGGGUGUCAUUCCCAGUCAGAACGUUAGCGGUUGGGAGGAUCAGCCUGAGGUCCCUACAGUCUCCUCCCAGAACGUUCCUCAUCAACCUUUUUACAAGAAAAGAUGGUUCAUUAUUUCUCAGAUCAUCUUAAUACCUUUGGUUAUAGCCCUUUUGUUUAUCCUCCUGUUCCCAGUCGUUCGAGCCAUCAUUGCCCUUGUCCUUAAGCGCACCAACAUUGAUGUUCAAGUUGCGGAAAUUACUCAGCCCGUCAAUGGAUCCUUUGCUUUAAAACUAGAAGGCACCGUAUUUAAUACUGGCAUCAUCAACGCAAAAAUCCACUUUACGGAAGCUACCAACGUUUCGUGGAUUGAAGACGAUGGCACAGAAACUGAACUUGGGUAUAUGCAGCUCCAAGAUCUUUCUACCAAGCAUAAAAGAGCUAUCAUCAACGACAUAACACAAUUCAUAAUUUUGAAUCAAACCGCAUUUGGUCGCUUUUCUGAAAACCUUAUUACCGCACAGAAUUUUACUUGGAGACUCCCUUCACAUCUUAUGUUAGGUUUCAACAGCUUUGAUGGAAAUGUAAUUCUCCAGGAUCUCCAGUUACCUAGCGAUGAUCCUGCAGGUGGUAUACAUUUUGCCGCUACGACCCAGCUCAACAAUCCCAGUCCAUUUUCUUUGGAUUUGGGCACGGUUGUAUUUGGGCUCACGUACAAGAACGUUUCCUUGGGCAUUGGAACCGGAACGGAAACCAAAAUAGCCCCUGGAAAUAAUUCUAUCACCUUGAAGGGAACUCUUAUUCGACAAACAGACCCAUCCAAUCUCGCUUCUGUUUCCGAAUUGUUCACAAACUAUUUGAACGGCGACAGCUCCCCUGUCAUUGCAACCGGACAGUCGACGCUCCAAGACGACGGAUCUACUAUUUCAUGGCUAUCACAGGGAUUGGAAGCUUUGCAUCUCACGGUCCCAUUCAAAUCCUCAAAUGACAUCAAUCCCAUCAAAGCUAUUAACAUCGGGAAUCUGGCUCUGCAGUUCGAUGCUAGCCAGCCUUGGAGCCCCGCUGUUGAGAGUAAUUCUGUUCAGGCAUCAUUGGAGUUACCAUUUGGUUUCAACGUCGCUAUAAACGAAAUUCAAAACGACUUUGUAAUCACUAAGGAUGGAAAUUCUGUCGCAGGUGUCUCUACACCUAUUGGGGCCUCCACAUCUUCAAUAUCGGUCAUAGCCCCGACAGACACGACGGGAACAAUCAAUAUUUCAAUUGAAGAUACUAGGCUGGAUGUUCCUGAUGACCAGCAUGCUAUCUUCUCAUCGUUCAACGAAGAGCUCACGACAUCAGAUGUCGCUCAGUUUCGUCUAAUCGGUACAUCGAGGGCUGUUGCAAAUACGAGUAUUGGUCAGAUUACUCUGGAUGCUAUCAAAGUCAAUGUGUCAAGUUCUUUAAAUGGGCUCCGGGGUCUCAAAGGGAUGACAACCAUUGAUACUGUCGACGUUACAGGUGGAACAACCGAUGCUAUUAGUCUCGCAAUUGAGGUCACUAUUGAUAAUCCAUCCAGUUUGAUACUGUCCACGGGUGAUUUAACUUUACAGCUAUUGCGAGAUGGUGCAAUAAUCGGCACAACAUUGUUGCCUAAUCUGACGCUUAAUUUGGGAAACAAUACAAUCAAUACAUUAUCCAGUUUCGAAGCGAAUAAAUCCCCACAGGGACUUCAGACUUUGAAUGACUUUAUUAGCAAAGAAGACACACAUAUCACAAUUGCCGGAUUUGAUGGGAGUACACAAGUCCCUUCAUUAGCCGACGCGUUCAAAGCACUGUCGCUUGAUGUUAUCCUUCCUGGCCUUAAGACUAACCUAAUCAACUCGGCCUCUCUAAAGGUUCUUCCUACGACAGGGAAGGAGAACAAUAUCAGCCAUGUCACUGUUUCGCUUUCCAACCCUUUCAGUGCUCCCCUGCAGAUUACCAAAAUAUCUUCGAAUGUCACAUCAUUUGGAAUUUUGUUAGGAUCUAUUGAUCAGGACAUUUCAUUUGAAUCUUCUCCGAAGUCUUCAACUGAUUCCCCUGUCCUUGACUUCAAUCUGAACUUUGAUCCAUCAUCUUUGUUCACUGUCACUCGCGCUCUUGCCGUUGAAGCAGGCGAGGAUGUCGCACCGUUGGAUUCGAUUGUACAACUCGGCGGAAUCCACUACCUCCCGAUUACACAACCUACCUCCAAUAAUCAAGCAAGAAAACGUCAAGGGAAUCUGUUCUCAGGAUUCGAUCUAACCAAUUUUGUCCGGACUGCCUUCAACAAACUGAAGUCUGACAUCAACAUAUCUACUGACGUGACCAUUGGUCAAUAUGCGACGACUCUAGCCUUUUCACAGGCCCAAGUAGCUACAUCGACCGAUCAAAGUUUAGAUCUUAUCCUCCCAAUUCUUGCUGCUCCGAUAGUUCAAAAGAUAGUGGGUGGCUCCAUUCUGGGAUUGGAUACUGUUAUCAUCAUAGACCCUUCGCAGAAUACAUUCAAAACCCAACUUAAAGGCAGCAUUUCUAAUGCUGGACCAUUCGAUGCGGUUAUAUCAUUCCCUUCUGGACUCACCAUCUCCUGGCUGGGAAAGCCAAUCGGAAAGGUCUCUAUGAAUGACAUCACAGUUACAGGUGAUGUUGGGGGUAUCAUUGAUACCGAAACGACAUUCACUGUUGUAGACGUGGAUCAUUUGACCGAUUUUACGAAGGCACUACUUACCACCGAGUCUUUUGACUGGGAAAUUUCUGGAGAUAAUUUGACAGUGCGCGCCUUGGGCAUAUCUGUGCCUGAUAUUUCAUUCUCAUCCAGAACGGUCACUCUGAAAGGCUUCGAUGGAUUAAAGGACGGAGUCCAGAUCCAAUCAUUUGAUCUGCCAUUUGACGAUCCGUCGGGUGGAAUUCACCUCACCAUUCAAGCAACAGCCUCCAAUCCGUCACAAGUAGGCAUUCAACUGAGUUCAUUGGGAUUUGAUACGUUUAUUGGGAAUAUCAACAUUGCUUCUGUGGCCGCUGGUCCUGUAACCUUGGCGCCUGGUGCAACCUCGCAGCUAUCGCUUGUGGGGCGUCUAUUACCGCAGGGAAGCGACGAAGGACUUUUAACGAUUUCCAACGUUUUCAACAACUUCGUUCAUGGCAAGAACAGCGAUGUCGUAGUACAUGGCGCCAGUGCAGGCUCUCCUGACGUAACCUGGCUGAACGAGGGGAUCAAAGUCCUUCAGGUGGCCACUGUUCUUCCCAAUCAAGGACCUCAAACGAUUAUCAAGUCGAUCUCCCUUAACGAGCUCUCUUUAUCAUUCUCGAGACAGGCACCAUUUGGUCCAAUCACCAGCAGUAAAUCAACCGAUGCUGCAUUCACGCUGCCCUUCGGUUUCCCUCUGGACAUUACCGCGUUAGAACAAACGAUCACACUGGGAUUUGAGGGAUCUGAUUUUGCCCAACUUGUGAUCCCGAAAGGUCCAAGCCAGACUGACAUUGGGCCUCGAAUCAUACACAUCAACUUCGAGAAAGUUCCAUUCUCCGUGUUCGAUAACGGCCAUAAUAUUUUCGAGAAGUUUUUGGCCGCUACUACAAUAGGGUCUGAGGAAACGCUCAGACUUUCUGGAUCUGCUAACGCCGACGCGAAAACGGCUGUUGGCCUAUUGUCCUUGAGUGGCAUCGAUUUUGCUGUAGACUCUACCAUUGCGGGUCUACAGGGCUUAAAUGCCAGGCCUGUCACCGUCAGUAAUUUAGAUGUCAAUCACGGAUUUUCCGAUUUCCUUUUGAUUAACGUCGACAGUGCCUUGUUUAAUCCAAGCAAUCUUACGAUUGGCACUGGAGAUGUAUCUUUCUCUCUGCAAUUUCAGGAUCAAAAUAUCGGAACCGCCGACUUAAGCAACCUCGUCAUCUUACCCGGAAACAAUAGCUACCCUAUCGCUGUUCAUUAUGCACCGCAAGGAGAGGCACUUGAAGCCGGCCAAGCUUUGCUCCAGAAUUUCAUUCAAGGGAUUGAUGCGGUUACCGCCAUUGGAGGAUCGACUUCUUCGACGCCAAUUGAAUCUCUGCAGUUAGCCCUGUCUCAAAUUCAUUUGUCCCCUGUGACAAUUCCUGGGUUACAUCAGAAUCUGAUCACGUCGGCUUCCUUGACCUUCCCAAUCGAUGUCGUCAGCACUGGAGUGGCCUCGACAUCAUUUUCCCUGUCCAAUCCGUUCACUGCCAGUGUAAACAUCCUGAGACUUGGCGCUACAGCCACCUUCCAUGGUUUGACGCUCGGGACGAUACCAACAACUGACACAUCUCCGCACCCUAUCAGCGCCCCAGGACAUGGCGAUGUGUCUUCGCCUGUGCUUCCUUUCAAUUUUAACCUCGAUCCAUCCUCGAUUAUCCAAUUACUUUUGGCAACCUCGCAGCAGAGUAAUGUCGACCUUGGACCUCUUGUGCAACUGUUCCAAUUUGUGCUGAGUAAUCCAGAUUUCAGACCACCAGUCACGACUACCGUGGACACUAAUUCAGCGACUUGUGUUAGCGGACAUCAAUUUGAUGCCGACACGGCCAUUCUGCAGUCUUUAGCUGAACUCAAAGUGGACCUCAAUAUCGAUUCAUCGAUUAAACUAGAUGAUUUCCUGACGGAUUUGUCAUUCGUUCAAUCUGCCGUGCCUGCAUUGACCGACAAGACAGCUUUGUUUUUGAUCGGAGCAGUUGCUGGUCCUAUCACUCAGCAUCUAGUGGAUGGCUCGGUUUUGGCAUUCACAGAGGCUGACAUUACAAACUUAUCUAACAACGGCUUUGAUUUGGCACUUAAGGGCUCGCUUACCAACAUCGGGCCUCUGGAUGCUCUAAUUACGUUUACUGAACCAUUAAAUGUCAAUUUUCAAGGCAAAGAUAUAGCUACUAUCACUCUGCCCCCUAUAUGCGCUGCUGCAAAUGUUGGAGUGCCGGAUUAUCAGUCGAGUGCAAGACUAACGAUCACAGACAAUGCUGCAUUCACUGAAUUCGCCGUUUUCUUGCUUCACAACCCAAGCUUCGAUUGGACAAUAUCAACCCCUAAACUCCGAGUCAAUGCUCUUGGAACAAUUUUUGAGAACGUUUCACUUUCAAAAAUUGUUACAUUUAAGGCCUUCAAUGGUCUGCCAGGUGUGACUAUCAGUAACUUCCAACUCCCAUCAGAUGAUCCGGUUGGUGGAAUUCAUAUCGAAACGGACGCCACUAUACCGUCGCAAGCACAGUUGGGAAUUGACCUUGGUACGGUGUCUUUUCAGUCCUUCUUCGAUGGAACGUUUGUUGGCCCACUUUCUGCCACCAAUCUCAUUCUCAAAGCAAACUCUGGGGCAACAACUCACCUUUCUGGCCGCAUCGUUCCUCAAAGCGACAAUGAUCUCGCAGUUAUGGGCAAACUGUUUUCGCAAUUCUUAAACGGACAAAACGUCACGCUUCAGACCACAGGAGAUUCAGUGCUCGCCGGGGGAUCAAAUGUCCCUAUCGAUUGGCUAAGUACUGCAUUUAAGACACUGACACUUGAUGUGAUUCUUCCAGGAGAAAAACUGGAGGUCAUCCAAGCAAUAGAUCUCAAUGAUCUUGAAGUCACGAUGAAGACAGCAGACCAGGCGUUCGCGCCACCAACCAGCUCACUGCAUACAGUAGCUCAUUACAAGAACCCAUUUGGUUUUUCAUUACAAGUCAUAGAAGCAGCUCAAACAAUCAUUCUGGGUACCGGAGGACAACAAGUUGCACAGCUUGUGAUCCCUCAAGCUCCUGCCGAUGGCGGUGUAUCAACUGGGAACAUUGCUGAUUUAAAUAUCUCCUUCAUUGAUAUACCCUUAGAAUCACUUGACCCAACUGGAUUUGCUAGUCUUCUUUCUGAAGUGACUCUCAAACCUGAUGUUGAAAUCGAGGUCACUGGGACUGCCGAUGUGACGGCCAGAACAACAAUUGGAAAUAUUCCUAUUACAGGGAUUCCUCUAAAUGUUGUGUCAGACCUGAAAGGAAUUGCAUCGUUCGGAGGAAUGGCCGCCUUAAGCAAUGUUACCAUCACUGGCAGCGGAGGCGACGGCGGAAAUCAAUUUAUUGUUGCCCCUUUGACAACCACACUUCAGAAUCCUUCCCAAAUAUCAUUAGAUACUAUUGGAGUAUCUCUUCCCGUGAUUUUCAGCGGAGUUACCAUUGGCCGUGCUGUUAUUGAUGAAUUUAAUCUCGUACCUGGCACAAACGUUGUGAACACCGAAUUCCACUAUCAACCAGCUAAUUCCAAUGAUACAAUUGCUCAGGCGUUCUUAUCGGAAUUCCUGCAAACGGGAGACACGAUCGGAUUGACUAUUCACGGUGAUGCCAAUAGCUCACCAUUCGCUUCGCUGUCACCUGCUCUGUCCGGCCUUCAGCUCAGCACACAGUUAACUGGUCUCAACCAGCCCACAUUUAUCACGAAUAUAGUUGUUACCAUCGAUUUGAAUGAUCUCGAUCUUCCUCCAGACCAGCCAGUGUUUGUAGAUGUCGACUUUACGAUUCAUAACCCUCUGGACGUGGAAAUCACUUUAGAUUUCGUUCAAUCCGAUGCCGGUGUUGACGGUGAGGUGUUUGCGAUAUUCAGUCAAGGGUUCGACAACUUUGUUGUCCCACCUGGCGGAACCGCUGAUUCAGGAACGUUUGGUGGUGUCCUGUUGACUCAAGGGUUGCUCAACUCUUUGGCCAUAGUUCCUCUCCUUGAAUUGGAUGUAGCAGCCGCGGCCACAAUCACGGUCGGACCAGGUGGUUAUCAGAUCCCAUUCCUCAAGCUGCAACAGACUGGUGUACCCACACAGUACAAUUUGGGAUUUGGCGAUGACUUGGUCUCACCAGCCAAAGCCAAACAAAUCGCCCAGUCUGCUAGCGCAUCCGCCUCCGAUACCAAAUCUUCUACCAUUUCGCCAGAGUCGUCUGCCCUCUCUUCAACAUCGGGUGGAAAAGUUACAGGUGCUACGUCCAAUGAGGGAACUAUGGACAAAGCCACUAGAACUAUCCCCACUCCUGAAAGUAGCACCGAAGCGACACUGGUUAAGGCUACUGCGAGUUCAGUCAUUGCUUCCUCGGACGGUCCUGUUGUCGACCCAGGUUCGACGCAUGCAUUUGCUGCUAAAAUAACAGCUGCAUCGUGA